AUGGACGACCGAUCCCUCGGACUCAAGCUCAGGAUCAAGGACCCUCACGGCCUCUACUGCACCUCGAAGUCAGGCCCGGACUCAGCAUCGCGCGCGAUCUGCUGGGACAACAAGGACUACACUGUUACUCGCAGUGGCACAAACAGUCAGGGCAACCACUACUGCAACCGCGACUACGGCCCUGGCGCUGCGGAUAGCUACCACUACUCCAACAGAGACGGAAGCUACUUCUAUCAGAAUCCGGAUGGGAGCACGUACUACAACAACGGUAAAGGAUAUGCGAAAUUUGAGAAGCCUGACGGCGGGAGAUAG